GUUCGCAAACCGAACCGAGCCGACAUCAAAACAAAAAAUCGCACUUUCUGGCCGUUUAGAGGAUAUUUUGUAAGUUUUUUACUCGCUCUGAACCCUAGAACGACCAAAAAUCGCGCAGAAACUCGUAUCCGGUAAAGUGUGUAGUGCGUGUACAGUGCGAACAUAAAGGUAAUGCCCAAACCGCGCGGGUCGUACGAAAGUGAAUUCGAAAUGCGUACCGACACAGCAGUUGCCGGAAAUCGUAACAACACCGGCGGAGGUUCGGUUACUACGGAACAUGCAACCGAUCCAGCCAGUUUGGUGGACGUUGAUACCUACCGGCGGAUUAUGAAAAGCUUCAUGGAUAUGAGACGGUACCAAACAGCACUGUUUUGGGCGGAAAAAGUAACCGUUCUCAGCAACAAUGAACCGAAGGACGUAUACUGGCAGGCCCAGUGCAUGUUUCUGCUGCGGGAAUAUCAUCGAGCGGCGUACGUUAUUCGAAGCCGCGGGUUGGACAAACAGAAUCUGCUUUGUCACUAUUUGGCGGCAGAAUGUCUAGCCGAGGCAAAGGAGUACCAGGAAGCACUAGACGUUUUGAAUUCGGUGGACUGUGAGGUACUUGCGAAUAGUAUCGCUAAUGUGAGCCAAAGAGAUGAUUCAAGCACACGGAACAGUUUGGUGUUUGAGGAACCGAACAAAAGCGAUUUACUCGGAUCGAUUUAUUUCCUGAAAGGAAAGAUUCUGGAAGCGAUGGAUAAUCGUGUGUUGGCUAUGGAUUGUUACGUUCAAGCGCUGCACAAAUCGGUGUACUGCGCGGAAGCGUUAGAUGCAUUGAUUCAGCACGAGAUGCUGAUGGCCUGGGAGGAAAAGGAACUCAUGCAACAUAUUCCGCUGGAACAGCAGUGCUCGGAAGCGGAGAGCAAGAUUUUGAAGCGGUUGUAUGAAAGUAAGCUGAAAAAGUAUUACGAAUCGAUUGCUCCGCAAACCAACCUCGAGCAGACCCCUGUUGGAACGAUGAGUACGAAUUUACUGCACGAGCUGACGGAAAAAAUGAAAAACAGCAAGAACAUCGAAAGCAACAAGUCCGCAGCAACGGCAUCCGCUUUACCCAAGUGCUUCACAACGCCCGUUCCGAAUAAAAUCAUGUCUCCGGCUAACAAAAUUCUGGACGAGUUGAAGAAUUCACCAUCCUAUCUGAUACAGUCGUCUCUGUCGAAGGCAUCAUCCGUUGUUGGUUCCGGUGGAGCUGGUGGCGGUAAUGCCAAUUCCAAACCCGCAGAUACUCCGUAUCGAAUAAAUCGACCGGUCAGUAUGCAGAGCCCCUCGGCAAUCAACGUCCAGAGUUGUUUCGAUCGAUUGGAGAGCUGUGUGGAUUUGGUCGUGUCUAAGGCGGAGAAGUUUUUCUACAACUGCGACUACAAAAAGUGUAUCAAGGUCAUCGAUGAGUAA